UCCAGGAUAAUAAUCAAAAGCUUUGCUCAGGGGAGUUACAUUCAGUAUUGCUGUAUUUUUUCCUCAGUGUAUUGUUUUGCCCAACCCAAGGUGUGUUUAAUGCACAGUCAUGGACUGACUUAACUUACAUGUCUGUUUCAGGAGUAGAAAUUUAUCACGGUCAAGUGACAAGGAAGGUAGUACCAGGCUCCCUCCUCUACCAAUGCCGAGUUUUCCAAAGUUCAACCAAUCACAUUAUCAACCACACAGGAUGACGUAUGACCAGGUGGCCAACUUCAGGAGUGACCUUAAUGACACUUACGAAGUUCUCGCCGAGAAGCAAGCAAAGGCAGAUUAUGAAAGAACACUCCAGGACUGGAAUCGAAUGAACUUGUCUGAACUGAAGAAACUUCCUCCCAACCCACGAUACCACAUCAAGAAAGCUAUCGUGUCUUAUCUCGGAACAUCCCGAGGGUCAAGCAGGGCUCUCAAACCGCUGACUAAAGAACUGAACGCUACCACUCCAACACCAAUUUCGCAACCGUAAAAGUUUAUCGAAGCCUUUAUUGCGUGUUAAAAUGAGCUUCACUCUUUCAGUCAGGGUAACAGGUACCAGCUAAAGCCCAAUUCUGGUCUUCCAUAUAAAAAGGACUCCUAUAUAAAUAGGACGGGGGGGGGGUGCUUGUCGUACCUUUUAGGAGUCAAGAAAGGAGUUUUAGUACCUAUUAAGGUGUUCAGUCUCAAAAGAUCCAUACCGGGAGUUUUUGCAUUACCUUUUAGGGCGUUGAGCCGAAAAAAAAAUGUGACAGGAGAUAAUGUAUUUUGUUCGAAUUGUAACCGCUUAGGGGUGAAAAAAAUUUUCGAGCCACGCCUACAAAACAGGUUCCUAAUACCUCUCUUAUUAGUGGUUCUUUUCAGAAUUUUCGACCCCUGUCCUUUUUACAUGACAGCCCC